AUGUCCGAUGCACAUUGUAACGAAUCUGAUGCCAAUACUCUUUCUGAGAGCUUCAAGAAUUUGAUUCUUGAAAAAAUAUGGAGCCGCACAGCGACGUGCACGUUCGUAGUUCAAGCAGAACAAGACAUUUCAAGUCUCCGCAAAGCGUUUACCUCUGGAAAAAUAGAUCGCAAGGUGGAUAGGCCCUCAGCCGUCGAUAAAGAUAUCUGCCUAGAUGCUGUGUUGGAAGCAAUGCUCGCUCAUGCCGCUGGAGACAACAACGACAACGAACACACACCACGUCGAUAUGUCGCAUGUGCGAUAGCUACCGCCGGCCAGGAUGAGAAUAAAUUUGAGCAGCUGAUAAACCUAGCCAAUACUUGGGUCCGGUACCUCUUCUGGCCUUUCAAAGCCAAUAAAACUGAUCUGCAUUCUGCCUCUACACCGACUCUCGAUUCUGAGGAUGAGCGCCCGCGUCCUCUGGCGUUCAAAGAGGCGGUAAAAGAACGUGAUGGUUAUCGCUGCGUUGUAACAAAAAUCAUCGAUUUUGACAAGGCUCCCCCGGAUUCGGAUGAAGAAAGAACGCCGGUUGAAACCGUUCAUAUCUUCAAGAGGGCGGUGGCCGCCGGAAAGCGUACUGAAAAAUCUUCGGCAGAGUACGCCACCUGGGACAUUUUGCGCCAUUUUACUGCUUUGUCUGAGGAACAAGUGGCUGAACUCGAUACGAACAUCGACUAUGUCUACAACGGACUCACGAUGACUCUAGAACUUGUUUCAACAUUUGACACUUUCCAGUGGUCAUUGCGUCCAGAUCCUGAUCAUCCGAACCGAUACCACUUUGAAUAUUUUGCUCGAGGCCCUCUACCUGUCAUGCGUGGACGCGAUAUUGGGGUCAUCUCCUUUGAAGGAUGUCCAAAUGAGCUUCAACCAAGCCGGAAGCUCAUACAGUUCCAUUACUUCCUUGCGAAGGUUUUACAUGCUAGUGGUGCAGGGGUGGUUAUUGAAUCGAUGUUGGAGCGGUUCCUCGAAGGGGGUAGCAAACAAGUGACUAUGAGUGCUGACGAUCUGGAGCUACACUUGAGCACAGAGAGGAUGUCUCUUAUGUCGGUAUGA